GAGAUCCUCUCGCUGUAAAAUUAACGAAAAUGCUGUCCAAAUUGGUGCUCGUCGCCCUGCUGGCCUCUGCGGCCAACGCCGUCCUGAACGCUCCGUGCGACCCUGCCAUUCCGACCGAUUGCACUGACGUCGCCAACUCGGUCUGUGACCCGACCAGCCGGGUCUGCGUGUGCGACGACCGAAACCUGGCCACCUCAACCGGUGGUUGCGAUGGUGUCCUCGGACGCUCCUGCUCCAUCGACUUUGGCGCAACUUGCAAUCAGGUUCCGUACGCCCUUUGCCAGGGACCGACUUGCGAGUGCACCAAGGAAUACACAAACAGCGACUCCAAGACCGCGUGCCUGGCGCCCACAUAUGGAGUUCAUUGUCUCGAGAGCGAUCAGUGCACUGCUCUGGGAGAAGCCGAAUGCGUCAGCCAGAGAUGCGUUUGCAAGGCAGGAUUCGUCUCCAACGGAAACGGCCCAUGCUACCCUGUCUCGACCAACGUUAACGGACCCUGCGAUAUUGACGCUCAGUGUUCAGCCUACGACCAGCACGCUCUUUGCGUGAUCACUGUUUUCGGCAACAGGUGCAGGUGCCGAGGUGGAUGGAUUGCCAACAGCCAGAACAGCGCUUGUCUUGACAGCGCACAUCAAGUUGGUGACGCCUGCAGUGUGGAAGAGCAGUGCACAACCUUUGACCCGAACUCUUCGUGCACCGCCAGGACUUGCCAGUGCAACGCUGGAUAUGUCGGUUCUCUCGAUGGAGUCAAUUGCAUCUCCCAGGUGGCCCUUGGCGGCAGCUGCCAACAGGACCAGCAGUGCUCCAGUCUGGCGCCCAACUCUGGAUGUGUGAGCGGCGUUUGCUCGUGCUUGCCCGGAUUCAUCCCCUCCGGCUCACUUUGUGUUGCAGGAAGGCACUAAUUUGUAUGUCUGUCUUCAAUAAAUUAAAUGACUUUAGAAUUGAA